AUGUUUGACAGUAUUCGGCGGCUUUUCCGAAAGUCGUCGCCAAGGGCCGAGCGAGAUGCUCAGCGGAUAAGGCGUCAGCUCGCGAGGUGCGCGUGUGGUCAUGAUGAAGCCGAGGUUCAGGCGUACCCAGUACGCUACGAAUACGUGCUGAUUCCCGCCCCAGUGCUGGCCUACCCAGCCUCGCGACAUGACGUGAGACGUUUGUCUGGCGGUAGGAAAUCCGCCGACGAGAGUUCAUGGGCAGAACACAGCAAGAUGAAGGAAGCGGUGCAGAUUUCCAAGGUGGAGGUGUGCUCCGAGGCCGAAGACAACGUCGACGUUGGAUCCCGCACCCGGGCACCCACUGGCGACUCGGGGUAUUUUUCCUUGGGUCCAAAAAAUGAAUCAUCGCGGCGUCCAAAGAGGCAGACCGCCGCUAAGCACGUGGUAUCUGACCAGGCGGCCGGCGGUGGCGAGUAUGACAUAGGUGAGUCAGACUAUUUGCAUUGGGGAGAUGGAUCAUGGGCCAAAGGCAACAACGACGUUGAUUUUAUGAGGCAUCACAAAGUAGAUGUGAUGGAUAGUGGUGAGAUUGAUUCGGUUAUCGAGACAUGGCUGAACGAUCUCGUUGGUCGAUCACCAGCGCUGGAGUUUCCGCGAGUGUGGAAGAAAGAGCCCUCUUUCCGAGAUUGGGAUGAUAUCUUGAAUCGAGGAAUCGAUGAUGGUCACCCAUCACGGAUCGCAGCCACGAGGCGUCUUGGAGGUACGUCCCCUGACUUUAUGGAUGAAUCCUGGGUAGAAGGGUAA